AUGCCGCAAGGCAAAGGCCAAGUCAAGUACUCUGUCGUUACCGUUGACUACUUCACCAAAUGGGUUGAGGCCGAAGCUCUGGCGACCAUUAUGGCUGCAAGAAUAGAAGACUUUUUCUGGACCCACAUUUGUUGCCGAUUCAGUAUCCCCUUUGCAAUCAUCACCGACAACGGCAAGCAGUUUGAUUCGAACCUCUUUAGACAGUUCUGUACUCGCCUCAAAAUCAAUCUGUUCUACGCUUCACCAGCUCACCCCCAAUCGAACGAUCAGGUUGAAGCGAUAAACAAAAUUAUCAAGAAGCUGCUGAAACGGCAACUCGACAAUGUCAUGGGAGCCUGGCUAGAGAAGCUUCCUGAAGCAUUUUGGGCCAUUUGGACAUCCUACCGAAUGUCCAUAGGAUAA